CCCAUAAUCGCGCGGUGAUUGAACGCGUCACUGAUCCAACAUGGCGGCGACUAGGGCACUCGUAAGAGGUGUCCGAUUGGGCACAUAUAGCAUUGGUAGAAGUCGCAGUUUAAUAUUUAACCGUGUACAAAGACGAGGAAUAUCAGCGUGCAUCGAUCCCUCUAUAGGUCUCACAGAUGAACAGAAAGAGUUUCAGAAGGUGGCAUUUGACUUUGCUGCCAACGAGAUGGCACCACAUAUGGCAGAAUGGGACCAAAAGGAAAUGUUCCCUGUGGAGGCCAUGAGGAAAGCCGCCCAGCUAGGAUUUGGUGGGAUUUAUGUGAACCCUGAUGUUGGGGGCUCUGGACUCUCUCGUCUGGACACCUCUAUCAUAUUUGAGGCUUUAUCCACAGGCUGUGUCAGCACUACCGCUUAUAUCAGUAUUCACAACAUGUGCGCCUGGAUGAUAGACACAUUUGGAAACGAGGAGCAGAGGGAGAAAUACUGUCCUGAUCUCUGCUCUAUGCAGAAAUUUGCAUCAUACUGUCUCACAGAACCUGGUAGCGGGAGUGAUGCUGCUUCACUUAUAACCAGUGCAAAGCUCCAAGGAGAUCAUUAUGUUCUGAACGGCUCCAAGGCGUUCAUCAGUGGAGGUGGAGACACAGAUGUUUAUGUGGUCAUGUGCAGGACAGGUGGGAAGGGACCUAAGGGGAUCUCCUGCCUGGUGGUUGAAAAAGGAACCCCUGGACUCAGCUUUGGCAAAAAAGAGAAGAAGGUAGGUUGGAAUUCACAGCCAACCCGAGCCGUUAUAUUUGAGGACUGUGCUGUCCCAGUGACCAAUCGGCUUGGAGCAGAAGGCGAGGGCUUCAGCAUUGCCAUGAAAGGCCUAAAUGGAGGCAGAAUUAAUAUUGCUUCUUGCUCUCUUGGAGCAGCUCAUGCAUCUGUGCUUCUGGCUCGAGAUCACAUGUGUGUGCGUAAACAGUUUGGAGAAACACUAUCGAACAGCCAGUUCCUGCAGUUUAAGUUGGCUGAGAUGGCCACUAAGCUGGUCGCCUCUCGGCUGCUGGUGCGUCAGGCGGCGUUGGCUCUGCAGGAGGGGCGACCGGACGCAGUCUCGCUCUGCUCGAUGGCUAAGCUCUUCGUGACAGAUGAAUGUUUUUCAAUAUGUAACCAGGCCUUACAGAUACAUGGAGGUUAUGGUUACCUAAAGGACUAUGCAGUGCAGCAGUACGUCAGAGACAUUAGAGUACAUCAGAUAUUGGAGGGUACAAAUGAAGUGAUGAGGAUGAUCAUUGCAAGAAGUUUGCUCACUGAAUCAUGAUGUUCUUGUACACUCCAGAAUCUGCUGAUUUUGAUUAUGAGCUCUCAACUGAAUUUUAUGGAGAGUGUUCUGAAAGUUUAUGCCUUAAACACAUGAAUUAGUAAAUCCAGAUUAUAGUGUUUAUUAUAAUAACAAACUGGGAAAUUUAGUUUGUUUUGGGUAAAAAGUCUGGCAGGUUACAAGGUAUUUGAAGAGAAAACACUGGGCACAACGUCAAAGCUUAAGGCAUUUGCAAAAGUUAAUGAAACACUAGUUUAGUUGAAAUCAUAUAAUUGUGAUAAAGACUAAUACAUUAUGUCAGUCUGUCAAUUUAUAUACAUGUGGAUAUCAGAUUAAUACAAUAUUCAACCAUAUUUUAUCUCAGACAGCUUUCUUUGUGAGAUCAUUUUCAAAGCACAGAAGAUCAAAUCACAAUUCAAGUGUCUUUAUACUGUGUGUCCUCAUUACAGAGUAUAUAAAUCUGAUCCUCAUGUUAUUUUUAAAAUGAAUGGUGUGAUUUCUAUCAAA